AUGAGAUCCGGCGUUAAGGCGCUUGGGCGGCUCUACUCGCUGAGCCCGGGCUGCCAUCUGCCUCCCGGCGCUCCCGCCGCCGUGGGGAUGCUGCGGCUGCCGCGCUGUGCCGGUCCCCGUGUAUCCCCGUGUGUCCCCUUGGCGAUGGGCGCACGGCCCGGAUUUCGGUCCCCCGCGGCCACCGAGCGGAGGAAGGGAGAGGAGAGAGGGGAGAGGCAGCGGGCGGCCGGGAGCUUCACAAAGACGCGAGGGCGCCGCGGAGAUCAAAGCCGUCCUCCGGCAAUUACACGUGGGCCUAAGUCAAUAGCCGGACCCACACCUCUCUCGGUGAAUAAACACUCCUUCCUCUCUGAGCGUUUCCAAGCGCAGCCCUCAGAGCUGGAAUGCGAACUAUUCCGCGGAGCAGCGGGUGUUUCCACAGCCAUCCAGGUCCGGCGGCUCGGAACAACCGCGCAUUUAGCAGCGGGCGCGGGUACAAACGUGCCCUUUGUGAGCGCAGGGAAACGCUCCCCUCCUCGGGUCGGAGGACGGGCGAUUGUUGGUCGGGACCUCGGGGAGCGGGGAGCAUCUCCCCUCUGCGGGGAGUUGCGAUCCGCGGGCUUCGGGGCUGCGAAAGCGGUCGGCAGUGCGUUGGUUUUGGGGCACCGGGGUGGUCCGCUGCCACGUCCUGUUCCGUGCCCGCGGGAUGUUUGGGGGCCGUCCGAUUGCCGCUCGAUUUAUCCUUCAGAGUUUGGAAAAGAAAGAUUGAAAGAGGAGGAACAACAAGGGCCUAAGGAACUGUUUGAUCUUCCAGAGAACACCACAGAGAAAGACGAGCUUUAUAAGGAAAAAUUGAGGGAGUAUCAGUUUAAGCGACUGAAGUACUUCUAUGCAGUUGUAGAAUGUGACUCUCCUGAAACAGCCAAUAAAAUUUACGAGGAAUGCGACGGACUGGAAUUUGAAAGUAGCUGCUCUUUUAUUGACCUCAGAUUUAUUCCAGAUAACGUUACAUUUGAUGAUAAGCCAAAAGACACAGCCUCAGAAGUGAAUGUAUCUGGAUAUAAGCCAAAGUACUUCACAUCUGCUGCAAUGGGAACAUCAAAGGUAGAUAUCACAUGGGAUGAAACAGAUCACGAACGAGUAAUGUCACUUAGCAGAACUUUUAAUAAAGAGGAACUUCUGGACAUGGAUUUUCAAGCUUAUUUGGCUUCAUCUAGUGAAGAAGAGGAAGAACAGCAGCAAGGGGAAGGUGUAGCUCAUGAAAUGGAAGAUGACAAACCCAGGAAGAGCCAAAAAGAUGAUGAAGAGCAAAUUGCCAAGUACAGAGAACUUUUGCAAAGUAUCCAAGAAAAAGAGAAAAAGCAGGAAGAAAAGGAUAUAGAAAUGGAGAUUAAAUGGGUUCCAGGCCUGAAAGAAAGUGCUGAAGAAAUGGUCAAAAAUAGGUUGGAAGGAAAGGAUAACCUAACUCCAUGGCAAAAAUACCUGGAGAAGAAGAAAGAAAAAAGAAAUCUUAAAAAAAAGAGGAAGGCUACUGCUGAGAGAGAAAUGAGUGAAGAUGAAAUUCCCUCUGAUGUCGAUCUCAGUGAUCCAUAUUUUGCUGAGGAACUUGGAAAAACAGGUUUAAAGAAGAAGGCAGAGUUGGUUGAAAGUAACUCAGAAGAUGAAGCUGAAGUUGAAAAACAGAAGGCUGAAAUGGCUCUACUUAUGAUGGAUGAUGAGGACGACGGCAGAAAGCAUUUUAAUUAUAAACAGAUUGUGGAACAGCAGAACUUGAGCAAGAAGAAAAAGAAACUCUUAAUGAAAAAGAAGGAAUUAGUAGAAGAUGACUUCCAGGUAAAUGUUGCUGAUACGAGGUUCCAAGCCAUGUUUACUUCUCCCUUAUUUAAUGUGGAUCCUUCUGAUCCAAAUUUCAAGAAGACGAAAGCAGUAGAAAGGAUCUUGGAAGAGAAAGCUCGCCGAAGAGAGCAAAAGCAGCAAGUUCUUCACGAGGCAAGCAAGGAGCAGGAGAACAAGGUGGCAGAGAAAGAGACUAAGAAAUCCAUAGAUCCUGCCUUGUCAAUGUUGGUAAAAUCUGUCAAAAACAAAACCGAACAGUUUCAGGCAAGGAAAAAACAGAAAAUCAAAUAACUGAUCUUUGUUUCUGACUCGGACUUUUCUUUGCUAACUGACAACAUCUGUUGAAGUUGAUAUAUCUGCUCUAAUUCCUAUCCCCUAAAAUUCUCAGAAAGGUCAUUUAAUUCUAGUGGCAAGUUUUAAAGUAAGGAGAGUAACAAAAGCCCUUUCUCCUUCUGCCCCCCAAAUUGUUUUCUACUGUUGGAAAAAAACACAUCACCAAUCAACGUUUCCAUAGCAUGCAGUGUCUUAAAGGUAACAAAAGUAGUGAGGAUAUCUACAGAAAUUAGCCAUAAUUACAGUUGUAUUUAAGAAAAACACUUCUGCAGAGAGUUGAGAGCUGAGACUAAUUGGUCUUAAUGUCAUUAAUUCUGAAGAAGUCCAUAGACACAGUCACUGAUUAAAAAAAGGUUUUAAUAUAAAUACAAAUUGAAGAAGUUCUAUAUACAUCUCUUUUGUGUAUUUUGCAUGAUUAUAUACAUGCUACAUGACUAAUUUCUCUUCAUAAUUUCCUGGAUCUAGUUAAAAUUAAUUAAUGGGGGAAAAAAACCACCAUUUAGAAGAAUGUCAUUUAUGUAUAUCAGAAAUAAAUGAUUGAAAAUUUGCCCUAA